AUGCCACAAAUCACGCUGUUACUCUUCGCCGGCGUCCGCAGCGCCUGGCUAGGCGAGCCGGCCUCGCAACUCGUCGAACUCCCCACAUCUCCCUCGCCGUUCCCUCUCUCGCAACUGCGGGUCCACCUGACACGACAAGUGCAACCAGGGAACGACGAGUUGGCGCGGGUGCUGGAGCGGAGUGCGUGGAGUGUCGAUGAGGAGAUGGUCGACGAGGAGCGCGAGGACGAGGUGUUGCUCAAGGGAGGAGAGACGGUGUGCCCGAUUCCGCCAGUAAGCGGAGGGUGA